AUUAGCCAGUCCAUCAAAAUUAUAGACGUUUUAUUUAACUAAAUUCUUAUUUCAGCUUCAAAAUGCAGAUCUUCGUGAAAACCCUCACGGGCAAGACCAUUACACUCGAGGUGGAAGCCUCUGACACUAUAGAAAAUGUGAAGGCUAAGAUCCAGGAUAAGGAAGGUAUCCCACCAGACCAGCAGCGAUUGAUCUUUGCCGGUAAACAAUUGGAGGAUGGACGCACUCUGUCUGACUAUAACAUUCAAAAGGAAUCUACCCUGCAUCUAGUCCUCAGACUACGUGGAGGUACUAUUGAGCCCUCUCUCAGGAUUUUGGCCAUGAAAUAUAACUGCGAUAAAAUGAUUUGCCGCAAAUGCUAUGCACGUCUUCACCCUCGUGCUACCAACUGCCGCAAGACCAAGUGCGGACACACCAACAAUCUGCGCCCCAAGAAGAAGAUCAAGGAUUAAUUUCAUUUAUUACAGAAAGCUACUU